UCUCGGUGUCGCAGAAUUACAUUGCAAGAGUGUAUUCUCUACAUAUUACACCGGGCUUGUCCGGGCCUAUUUCACCCUCCAAUCAAACUUUGCUGACACCUUCUAGAAGACGCCGGGUAGCAACAAAGCCCUAAUAAAAUAUCCCGUUAGAGAGCUAUUCUCGAGUCAGCACAGUAUUGCGUAUUAGAUACGGACACUUUUGUGGCCAUGCCAUCCUCCGUGCGAUCCAAUGACCGUGACCAAACAAUGGCCGACGACGCGCCGUUGAAUGACACGGAAAUGCAGGAGCAAAACCCGGAUGAACUAGAGGAAGAGAUUCACGUGGCGGAAUUUGAGAAACAGAGAAUCACAGUUUUGCCAGGCGCUUCCGAGACGGCGGCAUCGUUCCAGUUCGAAGGAGAGGAUCAUACACUAGGAAACGCGCUGAGAUAUAUUAUAAUGAAGAAUCCCGACGUUGAAUUUUGUGGCUACACCAUGCCCCAUCCUUCAGAGACAAAGAUGAACCUUCGCAUCCAAACCUAUGCCUCGACGAAUGUAUUUGAAGUGCUUGACAAAGGAUUGAGUGACCUCAUUGACCUUUGCGAUGUUGUAACAGAGACUUUCACAACUGCAAGAGAUGAUUUUGAAACGAAUAAAAUGCAAUAA